AAUGGCGGACGGAGUGGUCGAAAACGAUUCAAUAUGUACAGCUGGGAUUAUCAUCAUCGGAGACGAGAUCUUAAGAGGUCACACCAAAGAUACAAAUUCUCGCUAUCUCUUGAAGAAAUUAUGGUCCUUAGGAGUAAAAGUGGGUAAAGUUUCUGUGAUUUCAGACGAAGUGGACGAAAUUGCUCACGAAGUAAGACAAUUCUCCUCCAGAUAUACUGUCGUUAUAACUACAGGCGGAAUUGGUCCGACUCACGACGAUGUUACAUUGAACGGCAUCGCUAAAGCCUUUGGAGAAGAUCUAGUUCUCAAUGACAAAUUAGUGGAGUUAAUUUCCAAUUGUUAUCAGGAGGAAAUUAAUUCGUCCCAUUUGAAAAUGGCUCGUGUUCCUUCGUCAGGCAAACUUGCCUUUGGAAAAGAUCCCUCAGGAAAACCAAGCUGUUUUCCUCUUAUAUCUGUGCACAACGUGUAUGUUUUUCCUGGGGUGCCGCAGUACUUGGAAAAGUCGUUUGGCCUUUUGGAAGAUAUUCUUAUUAUUUCCAACUGUAAAAGGCGAUUUCUCUUGCAAAAGAUUUACCUCUCCGUAGAUGAGACAGCCAUUGCUUCCAUUUUGGAUGAGGUGGAUGAGAAAUUUAAAGGGAAAGUACAUUUUGGAUCAUACCCUGAUAUCUGUAACCAACAUUUUAAAGUCAAACUGACUGUGGAGUCGGACAGUUCAGGGGACCUCCAAGAGGCCUGGGACUAUCUCUUGGGAAGGUUACCCAAGGAGUUUGUGGUGAAGACCGAGGUGGACAGACAUGACUGUGAUGCUUCAGUUUCAGAAUGUCCACCCAGUCCUACUUCUCCGAACGAAGACAGUGAGCAAGUUGUGAAUGUGGAGAAAGUGUACCACCUCCUUAAUCCCAAAGAUGAGUCAAACACAAGUGCUUGCCUGAAAGGUGCCUGGGCUAUCAUAGAACAGACACUACAGCUGUAUUCUCUUGAUGAGCUGUGUAUCAGUUUCAAUGGUGGCAAGGACUGUACUGUGCUGCUCCACAUCUUACAUGCUGUGCUAAAUAAAUUAUCUCUACCUGUUAAACAGCUAAAGGCCUUAUACUUUCGCAAUGAGUCACCAUUUCCACAAGCAGAAGAGUUCAUCUCAGAAACUACCAAAAGGUACAACUUGAAUCUCAUAAAAUUGACAGAAAAUAUUAAAAUGAAUCUAAGGACGUUGAAAGAAACUCACCCAAAAAUCAAGGCAAUAUUUUUGGGCACCAGAAGGCAUGAUCCAUUUUCUGACACACUGCACGCAUUUUCUCCAACUGACCCCGACUGGCCACACUACAUGAGGGUUAAUCCAAUUCUUGAUUGGCAUCAUGCGGAUGUCUGGGCAGUGAUCCAGGAAUGUAACAUUCCAUACUGUAGUCUAUAUGACGAAGGGUACACAUCACUGGGCAGCACCCACGACACUAAACCUAACCCUGCCUUGAAAUGUAAAGAUGGCAGUGACAAGUAUAAACCAGCCCACAUGCUAGAGGAUGGGAAUCUAGAGAGGGCAGGGAGAAACUGAUUGACUUUUUGUUAAAUAAAUAGCAUUGUUGGAUUAACUUGUGCAGAAGAUUUCUCACUUUUGGAAUGAUCAGCAGCGCUGAGCUAUAUAAUGAAACUUAUAACAGUUAUUUCAACAAAAUACAUGUACACAGUGGUAUUGUUUUGUUUGGGAUGGUUCAGCUUAACAUACAAUGUGUGGUACCCUAGUCCUAACAUUAAACCAUGCAAGUUCGUGUAUUCAGAGCAGAUACUUCAUGAAGGUAAUUAUGGUCUGCUGAGCAGUUUGUAUUUUUUUUCAUGUGUAAAAGUUUUUAAUAAUACUUUUCUUUUUAUGGUAUUGGUUGCUUUGAAAAUGGAAUAAAUAAUGAACUGUGGAAGUGCAUUUAUUGUUUUCAUAUAUUUCACAGUACACUUAUUUCUAAAUUUAAGCAGUAAUGGCCCAAAAAAUGUGUAGCAACUAAGAUAUCACACUAGCAGGCCUUCCAAUUGCAUGGCUCAAUGUCCUUUACAACAUCCUGCCCUGGUAUAUUCAUUGGUUUGAAUUCAACCUUUAUCUCUUAAUUACUCAUACUUUUUAACAUUUCAUCUAAUCAUCAGAUAGCAUGCUCUUAAAAACCUUGCAUAGAACAAAGUUGGAGCUCACUCUGUACCUCCUGUAUAAACUGUAUAACUGCUAUUAACAAUUUAUGCCCAUAAAAAAAAAAAUAUAGUUUCCAGUGGCUUAGGUAUUUGCUGAGAUACUAAGAGUAUCCGAAUGAAAGAUACCCUGGCAGGAGUCCCACAAAGGACCAAGCUUGGUCCCUGGUUGUUCACUCCAAUGAUUGAUGACAAAAAACAACAGCGAAACUGAAAUAUGGAAGUAUGAGAACAAUGCAACCAUUACUGAGCUUUUCGUCAAGAACUAAACAAGCACAAUUAAGGACUCUAUCAACAAACUGGUUUCCAAGUCUCCUAAUAACAAGUUUCGACUUCACAAAGGACUAAGAAGAUGUAAAGAGAUGGGUAUCUCCUUUAUUGAGAACAAGGCUGAGUUUGCUCGGGUAAACUCAAAGAAAAGUGCAAGUUUAAUUUUAAAAGCAAUAGACCACACUUUCUAGUGGUUUACUGAGGAAAUAACCGGCUUGGAAUUUUGAGAGAACAUUAGAAAAGGUUAUAAAUCACUUGGUGUGUCUCCUGCUCACAAUUGACAAACUUUCCUUGUGUCCUCUCAGAAUCCCAACUUGUAAUUUACAAACUUUUCUCAAGCUCUCUCAACAUCAUACAUAGGUUAUUAUGGCAGUAAUAAAGUGGAAGUUUGGACUUCUAUUUCCAAGAAAUCAUUUUUGGGGGGGGGGAAAAAUUGUGAUUUACAUUCAUGACAGCUUCCAUUUAGCCUAGGUAUUGUAAUCUGUUGCUACUGACAAAACUAUAGUUGAAAACUAUUAUAA